ACUUUUUGCUGAACUCAUUAAAAGUUUCAUGGCGUAAUUAUGUUUAUUCUGUAAAGUCCAUUUAAAACAAAAUAUUUAGCAAAAAUAUUACAUUAUCGUCCAUCAUUAACACUCCAGUCCAGCAGGUAGCGGAAACGCGCCAUAUGCAAACCUUCAUAAAACUGAGAAGAAACUGCAACCGGAAGUACACAAACCCACAUGGUACACAGGCGGUUGAACUUAUGAAGUGUAAAGAACACAUUUGCGACGUUUAAGGAGUAAAUAUAGGAGCAGGUGGAAAACCGUGAAAACUGGACACUAAUGAUGGGAACAUGUACAUUAUAGAUAUAUUCGGUUAUAAUUAGUUUUGCUCUCCGAAAUGACAUUUUCACCACGUCUUCAGUAUCUACAUUGACAGCAUCAUUUGGCUUUAUUUAUAAAUAAAGGCGCUGACGUAGAGCGCUCACUUGUUUACGUCGAUUAGAGAGGUAGUUUGUGGUUCAGUUAAGACAGAUUUUGUAGCAGUUAGUUUAUCUGGUGAAUUUACAUAAUGUCAUCCUCAAUGAUAAUCCCAGUUGUAGAUGUACAGGGGAACAACUUUAAGGAGUUGUGGGCAGCAAUAGUGAUAGCCAUUAAAACAUCUUCAUUCAUCGCCAUUGAUACGGAACUGAGUGGUCUUGGAUCACGGAAAGCUCUGUUAGCAGAAUCUGUUGAAGACAGGUAUAAAGCCAUAUGCCAUGCAGCUCGCACACGAUCCAUACUUUCACUGGGGUUUGCUUGCUAUAAAAAGCUUGACAACAAAGCGGACAGCACAUACCUAGUCCAGGUUUACAAUCUGACCUUACUUUGCUCAGAGGAAUACAUCAUUGAACCUCAGUCAGUGCAGUUUCUUGUACAACAUGGAUUCGACUUCAACAAACAAUAUGCUGAAGGCAUUCCUUAUUGUAAGGGUAAUGAUAAAGGUGGUGAUUCCCAUGGGGUAAACAUGCGCUCCUUGUUUGUCGAACUGCUUAGAGCUAACAAGCCCUUGGUGGUCCAUAAUGGUCUGAUAGACAUGGUUUUCCUGUACCAGUGCUUCUAUGCUCAUCUACCUGAUCGACUUGGCACCUUCAUAGCCGAUCUGUCGCAGAUGUUUCCCUCAGGCAUCUAUGACACUAAGUAUGCAACAGAGUAUGAGCUGCGGUUUACAGCGUCAUACCUGGAGUAUGCCUAUAAGAAGUGUAAGCUGGAAAAUAGCAAAGCUAUUGCGGGAGGCGGCAGUGGGAGUCAUGUGUUUCUAGAGUUUUGUAAAUACACAGGCAACAUGCAGAGCUACAUCGACUACAGGCCGUGCUUGGACAACCAGAAUCAGGAUGGUGCCCUCAACAUCUGUGUUCAGUUCUCUGCGUAUGGAUGGUGUCCUAACGGCUCUCAAUGCAGCAUGUCACAUGAUACAGACCUUAUAAUCCAGCAUGAUGAGAAGAUCAGAGAAGACAAGAGGAAGAAAAGGAAGCGCAAGAACAAAAAGAAAGGUUCUCAGGGGCUCUCUGAGACAUGCGGUUCCCCACAGGGCAAAAGGUCACACUUUGAAGAGGCUGAGCCUGACCAGGCAGUGCCCAUGUCUGAACCAGUACUCCCUGAACAUCAGGAGAAGACCGCAAGCUCUGAGCCAACAGAUGCCAAACAUGCGUUUGAACCUGGGAAAACGGCCAGCGAGAAUGUAAAUGAGGAAUCUCAGCCAGAAGCAUCUUCUGAAGCUCCUGAUAGACCAAAAGAGAAGAAAGCGGAAGGAGGGACUCACCGAGCAGGGUUCGAUGCUUUCAUGACAGGCUAUAUUUUUGCUUACGCCAAAAAUCUGACAGAAAACACAGAAGAAUCCGGUACUGCUUUUCUCAUCCCUGCAUGUCUCAAUAAACUCUUCCUCAGUGGCAAGUCUGUUCCUCUACAUGUAGCCAAAAGCACCUUCUCCAAGUCUUCAAAGGCUCAUGUGCACAAGAUGGAAUAUGUCUGGGGAAAAAGCACUGCUGUAAACCCUGAAGGAACUGCAUAGAAAUCUUUGAUUUUCAGAUUUCAAUUUUGUGUACAUUUUUGGUCAAAUAAAAUCUAAGUUUUUCUACA